AUGGCAGCUACUCAUUAUGCUUUCCGAGCACAGAAAACUGCUGGUAUAGCAGAUGGACCUUCGUGGGAGGUGUCAAGUAGGAUACCUACCGACACCAUCGCUGCGCGAUGUUACGCCCAUUCUCCUGAUGGUGAAUGGUUCGCAUAUGCCGAAGGGUCAAACGUAUACGUAUUGCCCUCUUCAUCCACUUCGUCCACAUCGACAAUCACCAUCAAACAGCCCAACGUGCUAGCUCUCAGCUUCUCACCUCUGUCCACGAAUUUGUUCACCUUCGAGAGACCUGUCAAGCAGGAUAAUGGGGAAAUGCACAGAAAUGUAAAAGCCUGGGACGUCAAGACAGGUGAAGAAGUCAAUGGGUGGCAUUCUAAGAAUAUGGACGGAUGGGAACCAAUAAUCACCUCUGACGAAUCUCAUCUGAUUCGACCUCAAGCUUCUGACAUAUCCAUAUUCUCCCCACCUUUAUCGUCCAAACCAAUUGUCCGAGUUCGCGUAGAAGGCGUUAAAGGGUUAUUCCUCUCUUCUCCAACGAGUUUAGCUCAAGGUGUAACUUCCUCUAAACCAAUUCACCCAUAUCAAGAACCAGCUGUGGCUAUUUGGAUUGGAGAGAAGAAAGGUGCUCCAGCUUCUGUAUCUUUAUAUCCUCUUUCGAGCUUAUUGGGAAAGGCUGUGAAUGCGCAGAACGGAGAUGCCAAUGGGAACGGAGAGGCGAAGACGGAAACUAGGGAUUUACCUAAUACGAUGGCUCGAAAGGCAUUUUACAAGGCUGAUAAAUUACAGGUCAAAUGGAAUAACGCUGGAACCCAGGCUUUAUUCUUGGCUCAAUCGGAUGUUGAUGCAACUGGGAAAUCAUACUAUGGAGAAACCAAUCUGUACCUGAUCAGUUUGGAUGGAUCUUUCGAUGGAUUGGUGGAUCUUGAUAAAGAAGGUCCGAUAUACGAUUUCACCUGGUCACCUAAUUCGAGAGAAUUUGUGGUCUGUUACGGAUACAUGCCCGCCAGAGUUCAGCUAUUUGACAUGAAAGCUAAACCUGUCCAUUCGUUCGGCUCUCAACAUCGUAAUUUCCUUUUAUACCAACCUCAAGGUAGAUUACUGUUAUCUGCUGGUUUCGGAAAUCUGGCUGGAGGUGUGGAUAUUUGGGAUGUCAGUACGAGAAAUAAAGUUGCGGAAUUUAAAGCAUCUAACUCGUCUCAUUGUGAAUUCUCACCCUGCGGUCAAUACAUCCUUACAGCGACCCUUUCACCUCGUCUGAGAGUAGAUAAUGGUGUGAAGAUCUGGUGGUGUGGUGGUCAAUUAUUGCAUAUCCAACCUGUUGAAGAGCUCUAUCAAGCUUCCUUCUCACCUCGUCUGCUUAAAGAUAUCCAACCUUUCCCUCCCGUUGUCCCGAAGGCCCCUGAGCCCAAUGAGAGUGUCGUCAAAUACGGUAAAAAGGGGGAUACGGUGAAUGGUGCCGAAUCUAAACCUGCUGGAGCCUACCGACCUCCCGGAGCUAGAGGAACCGUCGCAUCGGACAUAUACUCUCGAAGGGAUGACGAUAAACCUUCUGGAUCAGGUGCUUCUUCCCCUACACCCAUGUUCAGAGGUGGUAAACCCGCUGGAAGGUAUAUACCUGGUGCUCCUAUUCCAGGUUCGGUCCCCAAGGAAGCUCCUGCGGAAGAUAAGAAGAAGAGAACGAGGAAGAGAGGUAAAAAUGAGAAUGGAGCGACCAACGAAGAGAAGGAGAAGGUGGAGAAAGUUACAGAGGAAUUGGCGAAAGUUGAGGUUAAGGAUAAGGAUAAUAAGGAAGAUGGAGGCGAUGAUUCGAAUGCUAAGAAGAUUAGGAAUCUGACUAAGAAACUAAAAGCCAUCGAAGAGUUGAAAGCUAGAUUAGCGAACGGGGAAGUAUUGGAGAGAACUCAAGUGAAGAAGAUCGAAUCUGAGAAUCAAGUCAGAGAUGAAAUUGCAUCGUUGGGUGGGAGUGCCUAA